AUGUUUAAAUCCAGUAUUUCACUUUUCCUGCAAAAAAUGAAGAAGCAGAACAUAAGGACUUUAUCCCUCAUCCUUUGCAUGUUUUCUUAUCUGCUUGUUGGAGCUGCUGUUUUUGAUGCACUUGAAUCAGAAUCAGAAAGCUCCAGGAAAAGGAUCUUAGAGGAAAAAAGGACAGAUCUGAGAAAUAAAUACAGUUUUUCUGAAGAAGACUACCGAGAGCUAGAGCGUGUGGUCUUGCAAUCUGAGCCUCACCGUGCAGGAAAACAGUGGAAAUUUGCAGGCUCUUUUUAUUUUGCCAUAACGGUUAUUACUACAAUAGGCUAUGGGCAUGCUGCACCAGGUACAGAUGCUGGAAAGGUGUUCUGCAUGUUUUAUGCUGUACUUGGAAUUCCUCUCACCUUGGUUAUGUUCCAGAGUUUGGGUGAACGUAUGAACACAUUUGUAAAAUAUCUCUUAAAGAAAAUGAAAAAGUGUUGUCACAUGAGGAAAACAGACGUGUCCAUGGAGAAUAUGGUUUUUGUUGGUUUUCUGUCAUGUAUUGGAACAUUGGGUAUUGGAGCUGCAGCUUUCUCAUACUUUGAAGGCUGGACCUUUUUCCACUCUUACUACUACUGUUUUAUUACACUAACCACUAUUGGUUUUGGAGACUUUGUUGCUCUACAAAAAAAUGAAGCCUUACAAAAGAAACCACCCUACGUUGCUUUUAGCUUUAUGUACAUCUUGGUGGGUUUAACAGUUAUUGGAGCUUUCCUUAAUUUAGUUGUCCUCAGAUUUCUCACCAUGAAUUCAGAAGAUGAAAGGCGGGAUGCGGAAGAGAGAGCUUCCUUAAGGAGAGCUCAGAAUAAUUUCAAUCUGCAGUCCAAAAUGGGUAACAGAAGUCGAAGUUCUAUUUUCCUUCCUUUAGGGGACAGGUCAAGCCAAAUUAACCUUAUACCCCUCAUGCCUGAGGACUCUGACAGAGGCAGGAGGAGAUCCUCAAAUGAAACCUCAAGAGUGGGCUCAUUUUGUACCUGUAUGUGUUACAGAUCACAUUUCUGUGACAGCCCUGCCAUAUCACAUCAUGAGGCUCUGAGUUGCCACACAAAUCCUGUUUAUUAUAAUUCUAUUUCUUAUAAAAUAGAUGAAAUUUCACUAAGCACACGGGACAACACUGGUUUCUCCUCUCCAGAAAGCACCUUUUCUCCUGGAGAACACUGCUAUAGAAAUCAUUUCAGAGUUAGAAGAAACUCAAUUUAG